AUGGCGCCGCCCGCCGCCCGCCUCGCGUUGCUCUCCGCCGCCGCGCUCACGUUGGCGGCCCGGCCCGCGCCCAGCCCCGGCCUCGGCUCCGGACCCGAGUGUUUCACAGCCAAUGGUGCAGACUAUAGGGGAACACAGAAUUGGACGGCUCUGCGAGGCGGGAAGCCAUGUCUGUUCUGGAACGAGACUUUCCAGCAUCCGUACAACACUGUGAAAUACCCCAACGGGGAGGGUGGCCUGGGAGAGCAUAACUAUUGCAGAAAUCCGGAUGGCGACGUGAGCCCUUGGUGCUAUGUGGCCGAGCAUGAGGACGGCGUCUACUGGAAGUACUGUGAGAUUCCCGCCUGCCAGAUGCCUGGAAACCUUGGCUGCUACAAGGACCAUGGAAACCCACCUCCUCUAACUGGCACCAGUAAAACAUCGAACAAACUCACCAUCCAAACUUGCAUCAGUUUCUGUCGGAGUCAGAGGUUCAAGUUCGCUGGGAUGGAGUCGGGCUACGCAUGCUUCUGUGGGGACAACCCGGACUACUGGAAGCACGGGGAGGCGGCCAGCACCGAGUGCAACAGCGUCUGCUUCGGGGACCACACGCAGCCCUGCGGCGGGGACGGCAGGAUCAUCCUCUUUGACACUCUCGUGGGUGCCUGUGGUGGGAACUACUCGGCCAUGACGUCCGUGGUCUAUUCCCCUGACUUCCCUGAUGCCUACGCCACCGGGCGGGUCUGCUACUGGACCAUCCGCGUCCCAGGAGCCUCUCGCAUCCACUUCAGCUUCACCUUGUUUGACAUCAGGGACUCUGCAGACAUGGUGGAGCUGCUGGACGGCUACACCCACCGGGUCCUGGUCCGCUUCAAUGGACGGAACCACCCACCUUUGUCCUUUAACAUCUCUCUGGAUUUCGUCAUUUUGUAUUUUUUCUCCGACCGCAUCAAUCAGGCCCAGGGAUUUGCGGUCUUAUACCAAGCCAUCAAAGAAGAACCACAGGAGAGGCCUACCGUCAACCAGACACUGGCGGAGGCGAUCACCGAGCAGGCCAACCUCAGCGUCAGCGCCGCCCGCUCCUCCAAAGUCCUCUACGUCAUCACCACCAGCCCUAGCCACCCACCUCAGACCGUCCCAGGUAGCCAUUCCUGGGCGCCAUCCGUUGGGGCCAGCGACCACAGAGUGGAAGGCUGGACGGUGUAUGGCCUGGCAACGCUUCUCAUCCUCACGGUCACGGCCGUCGUUGCAAAGAUUCUUCUGCACGUCACAUUCAAAUCCCAUCGUGUUCCUGCUUCGGGAGACCUGAGAGACUGCCGCCAGUCAGGAACUUCGGGGGAAAUCUGGAGCAUUUUCUACAAGCCUUCUACUUCAAUUUCCAUCUUUAAGAAGAAGCUCAAGGGUCAGACUCAACACGAUGACCGUAAUCCCCUUGUGAGUGACUAAAACCCGUCGUGCCCAGAACAUGCGGUCCUCAUUUAGGUCAAGGCUGCUGCAGUCAAUGUCCCCUGUGGUUCUCCAUGAGGACUCUUCUCUGCCUCUGUCAGGGGCAACCGGCUACAAGGGGCAGCAUAGCCAGUUCUCGAACUUCAUCGUCUGCACUUAAGAUCGGCCCACGAGGCCCCAGAACCUGGCCUGCCUUGCAUGUGUCUGUCUAGCACUGGGGAGGCCAAAGAAGGGUCCGAGCUGACAGGUGGUCGAAGCUGGCCCUGACCCUAGAAGACUGUUGGGUGGUGGGUAGGUUUAGGAUAUGUUGAGUGUUUCUUGCUUCUUAUUUUGUCCACACACGGAUCAGUUUUCCCUGGUCUUUACAGUUUGGAACCGGGCCAGACUGGAAGAAUUCUCAGGUUCUCAUGAGGGCUGGCCUGGUCCCCUGUGAGUGUGGGCUCCUGGGCAUUCGCUCUGCUGUCUCAUUGCUGACCCUGGAUGUGCCUCCUCCAGCUCCAGUGGGGGGCAGGGCCAAGAAGAGGGUCACACCCACUGCCUGCUUUCUAGAAGCUUCUUGGCAGAGUUCAGUGGGCUGCAGAGCAAGCUCAAGGACUGGGUGUAUAAAACAUCCAUCCGUUUGUCCAUGAGGCACAUUGGGGAGUGCUUUUGUAAGCACACGGUUAAACUGCUUGUGAACUGGACUUAGCUGCCCCCCACCCCACCCCGCAGCGGCUCCCUGUCCUGUGGAACCUGAGCCCAGCAUGGCUUUCUGUGUCCCCUCAGCCAACUCCCAGUUCAGAACCAGGAGUAUAAAGACUGGGGUGGCGGUCCUUCGGGCAGCGUCCUGUGAGACGCAGGGCCUCCUUCAUUUUCAAAGAAGAUAACAAAGAACUGUGAGCUUUGUUCCUUCUCAUGCGGACGUAGUAGUGACCCCGCGAGGUAGGAGACGGUUCCUUUCUGUCCCACGCCCUUGUCCCUCAGAUAGGGCAGUAGACUGCAGAAGUUGCAGGAGGAGGACAUUGGGAACUGGACGUCCUCCAGGUAUGGUCCCAAGAUUGCAGGGGCCGCCACUGAUUUAGGGGCCACUCUGAAUUAGAGGUCCCUUGGACAACAGCAGCUGACAGGAGCGGCCUGUGCCCUAAAGGCUGGGUCUGGGGCUCUGGUGCUUGUUGCACCCCUGAUCUCCUGGCUGCCUCCCGCUCUGGAGCCCUGUGACGCUGCCCACUGUGGCCCUGUGCAGGAUGCAGGUAACCCACCUGCAGCAGGCUGCUCCGAGGAGGACGGAGUUGGAUGAGAGCACCCCGGGGCGCGUCCUUAGGGAGAGGCGCUUUGAGCAGCCUAAGUCCAGGGGAAGCCAUACCACAAUAGGUAAGCAGAGGACGUUCAAAGGAAGGAAAGGGGCAGUGUGUCCACAGCGGCCUGGAGUGCUGGCCCCGCUCCUGUGAAAGGCCUGCCAAGGACACGGAGCUGCUGGACCCCAUCUCCACACUUUGAUCUGGAAAGGGUGAUCCCUUGGAACAGCUGUCUGCAGGCUUCUGGGUCCGGAGACGGGCCCGUCACACAGAGGCCACUGGAAACAGACAGCUUCUUCCGCUCCCCUCGUGACGACUCGUAGCUUUUGUGGAAUCUCCGCAAAGCAAAUGUCGGGCGUGUGCACAGCACAAAGGGAAUGUAGGAUCUCUCCCUGGGAAGGGUCUCCCCGUCCCCACCCUCGUCUGGGGGUGAUCCGUGGUCUGGGCUUCCCCGGGGCCCACCUCCCACCUGCCUCUUCACAUCUCAAGCACCAGAGGCCAAGCUCCCUCCCACGUGCCGGCAGGAGCAGCCUGUUAUCAGAGACCCCGGGAAGAGCAGGGAACGUGUCUACACUCCUCCUGCUGCUGGGGUGGGCCCAGCCCGGCGAUCCAGCAUCUGCUCCCUCUCCCUGGAGCAGCCUGGGGAAGCCCUCACCCACGUGGGUACAGAACGGGAGAGGUGGGCUGCAAACCUCCAGCCACGCCCCCAGUUAGAACCUGUCAGCGCGCCGGGCCCAUGGCAGGCCCUUCCCAUACGUAGACACCAGGAGGCAGCUCGCCCACACAGCUGAGGUGUGCAGGAAGGAAUCACCUUACUCUAGGAAAAGCCUUUCUAUGCAGUGGGUGACGCCGAGUGGGCAAGGGGGACCCCGAGGGCAGAGAUGACAGAACGGGCCCAAGUCUGCCCGAACCAGCCUCUUCUUGGUCUCCAGCAGCCAGAGGCACAGGGCGUCCUGUGCUCGUCCCCACUUGUCCCGUCACUUGCACCACAGACCACAGAGACUGAGUAGGGGGCAAGCCCGUGCCUAGCCCCCCAUCGGCCGGCGUGGGGCUGAGGUCUCCCAGCCGUGAGCCCGGUGACUCGGCCGCUGGCCGCCGGCACUGCUUGGAUGUGGCCCUGGCCCCACACCCGUCAGGCAGAAGCCUGCAGAGAUCAAAGCACUGGUGAGUACAGCUGUCCCGACCGCAGGGCCAGCCGUGGGGUGUGCCCGGGCCCAGCGCCACCCCAUGUCCCACUGUCAUCCUAAGCCUCCGCUUUGGCUGCUGGUCUGGCACCAGCAAGACUGGCAUAGGCUGUCACCCAGCACGGGGAACGAUGCACUUAACCUUCAAGAGCACUUAGAAGACGGCCCCUAGGACCCCACCCCCACCCCAUCUGAUGGGCCAUGCCAGGUCUCCCUUAGUUCCAAGCCUGCCUCUCACUCCACAACCUUCUGUGGGCACCUGGCACCUUUUGGGUUUUAAAGUGUCCUGUGCGGCGUCUGGUGUCUGCUUUCGUUACUACCUUGGGAAUUUUUAACCUCCUUAUUGUUCCCUCUGGUGUCUUUGUUUACCUUCCUCACUGUUCUACCUCCUGUCCGACUCUCUCAGCCUAGCUUCCCUGGCAGAGGGAGCAGCCGUCAGACCUGCCAACCUUGACUGCCCCCAGCCCCCCUCCCACCCCCCCCCACGGCUGCUGGGCGCAGGGGGCUCAGGCUUCACCCGCGCAGACCCGGGGGAGUUUCACAUGGGCUUCUGCCUCGCCAAGUCGGAGCUGAGCCCACCCGCUGAGGCCGAGGUGGGGCCGGGAGAACAGUCUUAGGGGCUCUCCGACAGGCUUCCCCGCAGUGGACAGGGAGCUCUUGUCCCUGCAUGUCUCUGAUUCUCAUGGCACCAAGACCUUCCCGCACCCAGACUCACCCUCCAGCGGGGAUUCUGCUUUUGGACGACAAGGCUUUAUUUGUAAAUAUGCUCUUAAUAUGCAACUCUGAGAAUAAAUAGAAACAUCAUGUAUUUUAAAAUAUAAAAUGAAGUGUGAUGCACUGUAUACAAUUUAAUAUAUAUUUUUAGGAUUUUGUUAUUUAAGAAAAUGGAAUGUAAUGGUACUUAACUUUUACAAAAGAGAGGGGGAAAAUGUUAUUUUUACUGUUUGGAGAAAAUAAAUAUUCUCAUUGUUGUAGAAACAUC